AUGUCAAACACCAAUGAAAUUGAAGAUUUAAAGAGAGAUUUGCGAACAGAUAAAAAACUAAAUCGGCAAAAAGCAUUUGCUAAUUUAAGUCUAUUAGUAACAAAUCAAAGGCACAUAGUUAAUCGUGUAUUUGAAGAUAGUGAGAGAGAUGCUGAACUGUCUUACGAUGCCUUUUUUUAUAGUGCCCAUGAAGGAAUAAAGAUUCAGGCUUUGACACUAGGAGAUUUUGACAUUCAUGAAGGAGAUAAUCGUAUUAGAAUUUAUUCGACAGCUAUGUCUGAUCUGCAGGAAGCCUCGAAUGAUCCUUUAUGUCCACCACAAUCCAUCAUUCAGAACACGCAAUUGAUUCAGGCAGUUAUUGAGGUGUUGAGAAAUGGACUGUUGUUGAGACAUUUUGGCAAUACUUACCUCAGUUUGCUCAAUAGAGUUUUUGAAUCAAGCACAGAUUUUACAGCCAUUCAGUGUGAAGAUUGGAAAGUUAUUCUUAAAAUGCUGAUUAAAAUAAUGAAGGCAAACAGUCCAAAGUUUACGUUCCUGCUUCUGGUUGAAUGUGCACAAAAAGUAACGAUUGCUGGAUGUGAAAAUUCAUACUUGGCAUUGGAAAUGAUUAAUUUGAAUGUGUUUGAACAGUUGAAAAACAUUAUUGCCAGUCGAAAUUCAGGAACAAAUUAUGUAAAAGAACGACAAGAAUUAAUUGUGCUCUUAUACUAUUGUUGUCGUGACAAUAUCGUUGAUUUUCGAUUUGAGAUUUGUAGAUUUCUUGAAGAAUUCACAUUUCAUAUAAAUUCAGCAUUUCUAAGCGACAAACAUGAUCGAUAUAGACCAUUUCUCUUCAAACUGAUGGAUUUAGCUUUAAUUGCACAUAUUCCAAUGUUAGGAAAUGAUAAAGAUCAAAUGGAAUAUAUUCAUGACAAAAAGAAUUGGUUCAACACAAUUAAACAGUACGAAUAUUUGCUUUUGGAAGAUUUAAAGCCAAUGGGAAUGGCUUAUCGUGAAAAAAUACCUCCAAAAGUAAGCAGUAUAACUUGCGAAUUUGCUGCAAGAUUUUGCUUUUAUGCUUAUUGGAAUGAUGAAAUCUUUAAAGAUCACGAAACAGAAGAUAGUGGUGAACACGUUCCAAAACGGAUGAAACUUACUAACAAGCUACAAACUAUAAUUGAAAGAAUUAAACCAUCUGUUGAACGUCCUGGAAUUUAUAAUUGGAAAUGGCUUGCUGUUUUGUGUGAAUUAAUAGAAAAUUAUCCACAAACAUUACAAAAUGAUGACAUUGCAGAAAUAAUCAUUUUAUUAUCUGAAUGCCAACCAAUGAUUGAUUUUAAGGAACAAAUUUAUUCAUUCACAAAAUGCUGUUCAAUUUUACUGCAGCAUGAAGAAGGCUUUAAAAAUACAGCAAACAAACUUGUAUAUAGCCGAUGUCAGACUUUAUGGUCCAAAAUAUCAGAUGAAGCUGCUAGAUGCUGUUCAAAUUCAAAUAAGAACCUGAUUGAAUCUCAUAAAUUACUUCAAUUAUUAAUUUAUCAUCAUAAAUAUUCAUCUCCUGCAUUUAUUGAAUCUGUCAUUAAGAUCUUCACAUCAAACUCAACAAUUAAAUGCGAUACAACACUUGACACAUUAAUUGUGCUCCUUAAAAGCUUUAAUCUUGAUUCACUUCAAAAUGGAAAGGAAUAUGCAAAAGAAAUUCUUCGUUUUGCCUUUGAAAAAAUCACACUUGCUGUACUGAAGAAGGUUAUAGCUGGAAAUGAUAAACCUUCGUAUCCAGUACUUGCUCAUUUAGCCAUUUUGUGCAGUCUUCUUAAAACAGACGUGAUGAAUUACUAUAAAAAUAUGAAAAUUGAUGCAUCUGAUUUUUAUGGAAAGAUUAUUGAUAUGGUCGAACAGAAGAAUUAUAAGACAGAAGUUGAGUCUAUAAUAAAUCUUAUGCAGCUCAAAAUGCGUGGAAAAUUAAUUAUUGAAAAUGAAAAUUUCUUAAAACAUACGGAAAAAUUGACAGCUGAAAAUAAUCUUGAAGUUCCAACAGAACUAAAAUGCAUGGUUGACGAGGAAAUUUUCUGUGAAUUAAUGAAACUUACAGAAUUAGGAGAGAAAAUAAUAACUGAAAAUAGUACAGUCAUCGAAAUCAAAGAUUAUCUUAGAGAUGUCAUGUCAAGCAACGAGCUCAUGAUGAAUCUUUUAUCAGAACUCUUAAAAAUGGAAGCAACAAAUCAAAAGAAAAUGGAAAAUUUGUUCAUCACCAAAAGAAUUUUGCUUUAUAUGCAGGAAAUUGAACGAAUUUUUUCCAUAAUAUCAACGAGAAACAUUGAAUUUGACACAACUGAUACGAAUAAACUAGCGUUACAGAUAAACGCGAUGCUGUCAAGUCAUUAUCAUUCGGCAGUUGGAAAGCUUAUUCGUAAUUAUGAUCUCAAAAACUGCUUAAAAUGGAUAUUUAAUCAAGUUGAUCGUGAAUUUUAUGAUACUGAAGAAUAUCCGAACUUGAAAUUGAAUCUCAAAGCAUUUAUAAAUGCAAAGUUUGAUCAAAAAAUUAGAUAUGUAAUGAUUACAACUUUAUGCGAAUAUUUUAAUUAUGAAGGAAUCAACACAGACACAGUCGUUCAGUGGAUUGAUAAAAUUGAAUUCAGCAUUGACAAUAAUAUUGACAUGCAUACGAUCUUUAAAGUUGUUGAUAUUUUUGGUCGCCAAAAGAAUAUCCCGGAAGAGGCAGCAAUUUGGAUAUGGGGUGCUGGAAUUGUUUAUAUCUGUAAAAUGCACCGAAGCAAUCUUUACAUCAUGAAUUGCAUUAUAAAUAAGUUAGCAGAAUUAAAACAAUUUACUCAUCAGUAUUUCGAUUUAUCAAAGUACUAUGUAACAGUUUACACAUCCUUCUCAAAAUUGUGCUCUUAUGAUGUCAAUUCAAACAGAUGCUACGGCUCAAAAAUUGUUUCCAAGUUUUUACGUCAAUUUAAGCAUUUUCAUGAAUCAUAUUUUAUAAUGUGCUAUGAUCAACCUGUUGUUAAGCAGAUGUACGAGAAAAUUUACAAGGAGUGCCUUUGCUCGGACAGCUUUGAAGUCAAAAUGGCAGCAAUCGAAUGCUUUAGUACAAUUUUAUUCUCUAAUCAUGAAGAUAUCAAUCCAAUUAAUGAGCAAAAAGUAAUGAAUACAUGCAGAAAGAGUUUAUUCAAGGAUUUCCUUUCAAAUUAUGGAUUUGUGUAUAAAGACAAUUACGAGAAUCAUAAUGAUGUGGAUGUUAAUAACUUAUCAACGUACAUACAACUAUUUACAGCUUUAUUCUUUGUUAAUUUCAACUUCAGACGAUCAAAUCUAUUCGAAUUGGCAAAAAUAUUCAUAAAUUUUAGUCUGACAGAAAACGAGGGAUUAAUUAUAUUCCAAAAAGUUUUGAAGCAAUUAAAAUGCAGCUGUUCUAAGAGUGUCAUCAAUACAAACGAUAUCGUUGAUUUAAUAUCUAAAUGGGUGGAGAUGUCAAUUGAAAUGAGCAAAUUUCCAUGGCAUUUAAUAGGAUGUCAAACUUAUCAGGAUUUUAUUAACGAUCAUUACAACUUAAUUUUACUUUCUGCCUUGAAAACCAAAUGUGAAGUCGUUGAUGACUUUUUAGAAUCUGUUGAAUUGCUACUAAAUCAAGCAGCAUUGCCAAUAAUGAGUAGAUGCUUGGCGUUUAUGAUUCCAUUCAGAGCAAAAUGUGUCAUAAAAUAUGAAGUUAAUAUCAAUGAAAUGUCUAAUAAGCUAAUCACAGCAUUUAAUGAAGAUGAACAGAAAUUGUUGCUACUUGAAAACCUGCCAAAAGUCAUAAUUCAUAUCCUUGAGAAUGUAAUCGAUAAUCAAAAGUUCCUAGAAAUGACUGGAUUUCAAAUGGAUUUUUGUGCAACUUUUGAGUCAAUCAAGUUUAAUGACUUUCAGAAAUGCAUUAAGUAUAUCGAGAAUACAUGCAACAUUAAAACAGAUCAAAAUUUAGUGACGUAUUUAUGCAAGAACUCAUUAAGUUAUGUGGAACAGUUGUUUUUGCUACAAAAAAAGAAUAUACAAGGAACUGAAUCUAAGGAACAAAAAUUACUUUCUCUUCUACAUUACAACAUUCUUGCAAUAGAAUCUUUGGAAUAUAUGAAGGAUCAAAAUGUCACAUAUGAGAAUUGCAUUAAGGAAUAUUUGUCACGUGAAAUUGCCAACUUUUAUUGCUUCCUUAUUAUCAGCACGACAUUUGGAGAAAAAUUAAGAAUUAUGGCUGCAGCCUUUUUGUUAAAUUAUUUAAAGGAGAUUAUUCCAGUUUGUAGUAAUUAUUUCAAGUCACAGCUACAAAGAAUCAUUCCUCAACUGGUUUCAGUUUGUAAAAAUUUAAGUGUCAAAAAUGAUCCACAAAAUUUGAAAUCAAAAUGCUUUGAAAUAAUGAACUUUUUGGUUCUAAAUCAGCCAUCAUUAAACGAGGAAAUAGCUACACUUGAUCGAUUUCCAUUAAGCAAUGAUUUUAGUGAAUUGAGAACAAAACAAUUGAGCAUUAAGUAUGGAGAUGAAGAUUUUGCAUUAAUAGAAGAAAUUGAGCAUUUUUUGGAAAUUAAAAACCGUCGUAUUGAAGGAUUAACAGCAUUAUAUGAGCACCUUGCAUCGAAAACGUCUGAAUUAAAGUAUCUUUUUGAGGAAUUAAAAACAAUGACAGGUGAUAAAGCUAACAGCACAUUGCAUCGAUUAAUAAGAUCAUUAGUUGGCUACAUCCGGGAAAAUGAUGAAGAACGAGCAGUUGAAGCUGUUAAGUGUCUUGGACAAAUUGGAUGUCAUAACAUAUCAACAAUUAUUUUCGAUGUUGAGGAUAAGGAUAAUGAGACGACUUAUGUGACAUUUUCAAAUGUCCUCAAUUGCCAAAGAUUAAUCUGUAAUCGUGUGCUAGAAAAAUUGGAACUUUUAUUGAUUCAUCAUAAUGUCAACAUUUUUCAAGUUGCAAGUGAAGCUUGUUACUAUCUUUUUGGAUCUGCAUCAUCCAUCGAUUUCGUACCAAGUCCAAAUUUUAGUCCUUUCCUUACAAAAAAUCGUAGUAAUGAAAAUUUGUUCUAUUUAGAACCAAAAAGUGAUAAAGUAUUGGAUCUACAUAGUUUUGUGGUUGAAAACAAUACUCUGGAAUAUUCUCGCUUCAUGAAAGGAUUUUGUGUCAAUAUGAAUCUGUAUGCUGGUGAUCGAAUGCUAAUUAAUUUAAUUCAGAUGCAGUUGGAAUUUGCUGAGACACUUUUCCCACUCAUUUUUCACUUAAUAUUAUUGUACAACAAUGAAACAGCAAAUAGCGAGAUUCUUAAGACAUUAAGCUAUUAUUUCGAGCAGUGUUUUGAAAAGUUAAACUAUUCUGAGCUAACAAAUGAAGGCUCAGUAUUCAUCAAUAAGAAAAUAAUUCGUCAAAUGCUGAAAUUAGCUGAGAAAAUUCGAAUUUAUAGUCAAGAUAAUCCAUCAUCAAAAAUGGCGAUAAAACAAGACUUGAAUUUCCUGCAUAUUGCUAAGGCUGCAAAACAUUGUGAGGCUUCAUUCACAGCUAUUCAAUAUUGUGAGAUGUGGGCAAGAAAGACGUUGGAAAAAUUUAAUGUUCCGUUUUCUGUAUCAAUUAAGGACAAAACGCUUGAAGACAUCAUGUAUCGUUCUUAUUCGGCAAUUGGAGUUCAAGAAGCUACAGGACUCUUCUUAAAUCCUUUAACAAAUCGAUCAGAAUAUUUGAAAAAUAAUGACUUGCAUUUACAAAGUCUUCUUGAAAUAUCAAAGAAUGCACCAUGCGAGGACUACAUGAAACUUUUAAAUGAUGUCAAUUUGCAUCACGUUUCAAAUAAAUUCAACGAGAAUAUGAACAAUUCUAAUAAGUCACAGCAGUAUGAAUGUCUAUGGAAACUUUCAAAAUGGAAUACAAUCGUGGAAACAGAUUGUGUAAUUAAAGAUGAUAAAGGAAUGAUUGAUUAUAAGGAAGAAUUUGAAAAAUAUCAUUAUCAUGGUUUGCAAUAUUCUAGUAAUAAUGAUGAAGUUGGAAUAAGAAAUGCCGUCUAUAAAAGCCGUAAAAUGAUUACGCAGCUAGUUAAUCAUCAUAUUCUAGAAUGUUCCAAUAGUUUGUACAAGUUCCUUGAAAUGUCACAUCGUUUGGCUCAAAUUGAGGAUUUUUCCGAGGUAUUGUUUAAAAGAUCUACAAACGAGUUGAUGCUAAAGAAGUGGAAAAUUCAUGAAGGACUUCCAUUUGAUUAUGAGCAUUGUAAUAAAGUCUUUCUUCAAAGAAACAGCAUCCUUAGUACAGCUAAUAUUAGAGCAGGAAAGCGUACUUGGGUUCCUGAUGCAGUUCAAUAUAAUUCACUAUUUUUGGUCAAAAAUGCAGUUUUAGCUGGUCAACAUAAUGAUGCUAUUCCAUUGAUAACGGAACUAAAAGAGUCAAUUUCAUCACUUCCAAAGAAAUUAGAAGUUUUACUAGAGGAAGCAAAGCUGAAUAUGAACAAAAAUGAAGAAAUGGCUAAGAGUUGCUUGUCCGAAAUCAUCAACAUAAAAAUUAAGGAUGAUGAUGCAAUAUUGUUGUCAAUUGCCCAUCGAUUGUAUGGUGAAAUUCUAGCUGAAAACUUCUCAGAUGACUUAUUAGUUAUAUCUACAAAUUAUUUUGAUGUUUCAAUGACCUAUCUCGAUAAUUAUGCUCGAUUCCAUGGGAAGCAGUAUCUUGUUGCAAAGCUUGAUGAUGAUGCAGCAUUUAAUACAUUUUCACAGAGUUUACUUACGGAAAAAAUUGAUGACGAAAAGAGUCGCUUAAUUGAAUCGAAAAUUUAUGAUGCUUCCUGUAUUUAUGAUACAGUUGCUAGAUAUAACGAUCGAGAAUAUGAAUUCAAGUUAUCGUACAUUACAUCUCCAGAUUUCAUUCAAAAGAAGAACACUUAUGCGAAGAAUGUUGAAAGAUUAAAGCUAAUGAAAAUGAGUUUUACUAAAGAUGCUGAUGCUGAUUUUAAGAAAUCCUACGCAAUCUUAUCAAAAAGUACUGAUUUGGACCGAAUUGAAAUUGAAAAUGCUGAGAAAGAAAAAAAGCUCGCUGCAAAAAAUGCAAUCUAUUACUACGUUCGAAGUACAAUUUACAGUCCUGAUGAUAACAUCCUUAACAUAUUUCGAAUUGUAUCGUUGAUGCUCGCGAAUUUUUCAAAAAGUUCAUUUAUUAGAGUCUUUUUGGAAAAGAAUUUGUUGAAAAUUCCAAGCUACAAAUUUGUUAUAGCUUUGCCUCAACUUACAGUCCGAUUGAAUGACAGCAAAUCUGAUCCUUUAAAUAAGUUAUUGAGAGCACUUUUAACUCGUUGUGCACUUGAUCAUCCACAUCAUACACUGCCAUUAAUACUAGCUUUGGUUAAUUCAUAUGCUGAUUCAGAUAAUGAUAAUGAGAAUGAAGAGGCGCGUGUUCUUGGAGCCAAAGAUUUGUGGGAGACCUUAAAAAAAGAUCAUAAAUCAAUAAAGCCAAUAAUGAUUGAAAUGGAGAAAAUGUCAGCAGCACUAAUUAACUUGGCUAAUAUGCCAUUAAAGACAUCAUCUAUUCCAUCGGAUCACAAAGUAUUGAAAUUGACAAAUUUAAAAUAUGCACACUGUCCAACAAUUGAUUUAACAGUUAUGAGAAGUUGUAAUUAUCAGAAAAGCUUAAUAACAGUCCAAAAAUGGGAUCCAAAUGUAAAGUCAGUUGGUGGAAUUAAUGCACCAAAAAGAAUUGAAGUUUUGUGUUCUGAUGGAAUAAGAAGACCUCAAUUAUUGAAAGGAAAGGAUGAUAUGCGUCAAGAUGCAAUUAUGGAACAAAUAUUUGGAGUUGUAAACAAAUUACUACUACUCGAUAAGAACAUGCAAAAGAAUAAUGCUAGAAUUAGAACAUAUAAAGUUGUUCCAUUUUCUCGACGUUCUGGCAUUUUAGAAUGGUGUGCAAAUACGACUCCAAUUGGAUGUUACUUAGCUGGAGAACGUGGGAGUGAUGGACGAAUCAUUAAUAAAGGUGCUCAUGAAAUUUAUCGACCAAAUGAUUGGAGUCCUGCUUUAUGCAUGCGUAAAAUAUCAGAGAUUCCUGCAAAUUUAGACAGUGAUGAUAAAUUGGAAAAGUUUAAUGAAAUUUUGUGUCGUAUUAAGCCUGUAUUUCACAACUUCUUUUAUGAAAAAUUCAAAAAUCCAGGACAACAUUUUGAAAGGAGAUUUGCGUACACAAUAAGUGUUGCUGUUAGUUCUAUGAUUGGAUAUAUUUUGGGCAUUGGAGAUCGUCAUGUUCAAAACAUUUUAAUUGACUUAAAAACAGCAGAAUUAAUUCAUAUUGACUUUGGAGUGGCAUUUGAACAAGGUAAAAUUUUACCACAUCCUGAAUUGAUUCCAUUCCGUCUAACGAGAGACAUAAUUGCACCAUUUGGAGUCAGUGGAGUUGAUGGAAUCUUUAGAAAGGCAUGCGAAAAUACAAUUGAAAUUCUACGUAAAAAUGAUAAAGCACUAACGACAAUUUUGGAAGUGCUACUUUAUGAUCCAAUGUAUAUGUGGACAUUUGGCGUAGAUCAGGCACGACGAUCUCAGUUGGAAUGUGAAAGUGAUGAUGAUCUUUCGGGUGAAAAAGUUGAGCAUGAUUUGAUGGCAUCUCGUGCAUUAAAUUGUGUCAAAAUGAAAUUGAAAGGAAUGGCUGAAAAUACCUCCGUACGAUAUCCGUCUAUUGAAGGACAAGUCCAAUAUUUAAUUCAAGCUGCUACAAAUCCAAGCUAUUUAAGCAAAUUAUUUCGUGGAUGGCAAGCAUACUUAUAA